GGGAGUAGACAGGGGGAGAGAGAGUAAUCGAGCCCACCACUUCCUCACCCAGACGUGCAAGAGAAGUGGCAGGGUGGUAAAAUGUGAGAACACUUCGGCUCUCUCGGUUCGGUAACGAGCGUGUCCGAAACUCUCCUCCCUUUUUCCCGGGGCUGAUGUGAACGCACAGGCUGCGUUGGCUUCUCGUCAGACGCUCGUCCGUCCAAGACCUCGCAUAUAUUCAAUCGUGACGGAUCCGUCCCUUCGCUCCCACUCCUGUUUAAGAUUCCGCAGUUGACAAGACGCCACCGCAUCCUCCCCUCUUCUGACUUUUUGCUUCCACGGAAAACGGGAAUCUGUCCGUUUUUCCUUUAGGAUUCAACCAAGUUUAAUCAUACGAGGAGUUUACAAUGACAGCAACCAAGGAGCAGCCGAAUCAGAGACAGAAUCAGCCGCAGCAGGAUGAGGACCUGGGUGGGGUGAGUCCUCCUCAGCGGAACUGGAAAGGGAUUGCCAUUGCUCUGCUGGUCAUCUUGGUAGUUUGCUCCCUAAUCACCAUGUCUGUCAUCCUCCUCACACCAGCUGACAGCCAAGCUGGAAGUGACACCAAACUGACUGUGGAAGAUCUGUUCAAACCUGAGUUCAAGGUCCAUGACCCGGAGGCCAAAUGGAUCAAUGACUCUGAAGUCAUCUACAGAAACAGUGAUGGCCACGUCAUCAAGUUCAACAUUCUUACAAACGAAACAGAGAUUGUCCUGACAAACACAACAUUUAUAAAUUUCUACGUGGCCAAGUAUUCUGUCUCCCCUGAUCUGAAAUAUGUGCUCUUCGCUUAUGAUGUGAAACAGGUUUACCGCCACUCCUACAUGGCCUCCUACAGUAUCUACAAUAUUCACACGCGGGAGGUUUGGGAGCUGGACCCCCCUGAGGUGGUGAACUCAGUCCUGCAGUACGCUGCCUGGGGAGUGCAAGGCCAACAACUGAUCUACAUAUUUGAGAAUAACAUCUACUACCAAUCAGAUGUCAAGAGUAACUCCCUUAGGCUAACAUCCUCAGGGAAAGAAGGGAUCAUCUUCAAUGGGAUCGCUGACUGGCUCUAUGAAGAGGAGAUCCUUCAGACCCAUGUGGCACACUGGUGGUCACCUGAUGGAGAGAGGUUGGCUUUCCUGGUCCUUAAUGACAGUCUGGUGCCAAACAUGGCUUUACCUCGCUUUACAGGCAUGGCAUACCCCAAAGGAAAGCAAUACCCAUACCCCAAGGCUGGCCAACCCAACCCGGCGGUGAAGCUCUAUGUAGUCAAUCUUUACGGGCCGACGCACACGCUGGAGCUCAUGCCUCCCGAGACGCUCAAGCUACGGGAACAUUACGUGACCAUGGUAAAGUGGAUCAGCAAGACCAAGACAUCUGUCAGGUGGUUGAACCGGGCCCAAAAUAUCUCCAUCCUGACUGUGUGUGACACCACCACUGGAGCCUGCGUCACGAGACAUGAAGAAAGCUCUGAGCUCUGGCUUUCCAAGCAGAACCAAGAACCGGUGUUCUCCAAAGACGGCAGCAGAUUUUUCCUGACCGUCCCAGUCAAGCAAGGAGGACGUGGAGAGUUUCAUCACAUUGCCAUGUUCACCACACAGUUCAGAGCAGAUCAAAAUGAAGUCAGACAUCUAACAUCAGGGAACUGGGAGGUGACCAAGAUCAUCGCGUAUGAUGAGAACACUGACAAUCUUUAUUUUCUCAGCACAGAGGGUUCACCACGAAGACGGCAGCUCUUCAGUGUUAAAACUGUGGGUCUGUUCCCACGACGGUGCUUGACAUGCGAGCUAAAUAAAGCUCACUGUCUAUACUUCGAUGCUGACAUCAGCCCCACAAACCAACACAUUAUCCUCCACUGUAAAGGUCCUGGAGCUCCCACUGUGAUCUUACACAGCCUCAAUAAUUCAAAUUACUACAUCCUUGAGAACAACUCUUUGCUGAAGGCAGCCUUGAAGUAUAAAAGGAUCCAGCUGACUGACUUCAGAACUGUUCAGAUGGAACAUUUUGAUUUACCUUUGAAGAUCUCCUAUCCACCAGACUUCUCUGAGUCCCGUCACUAUGGACUAUUGUUGAUGAUUGAUACUGCCCCUGGUGGUCAGGCUGUGAGCGACCGCUUCUCUCUCAGCUGGGACUCUGUGCUGGUCAGCUCAGACAGCGUCAUCGUGGCUCGCCUGGACGGCCGAGGCAGUGGCUUCCAGGGUCAGAGGAUCCUGCACGAGGUUCACCAGAGACUGGGAACCGUUGAUGUUCAGGACCAGAUUGCAGCAGUAGAAUUCAUGAUGAAAUUUCCAUAUAUUGAUCGGACACGGAUAGCAGUGUUUGGAAAGGGUUAUGGAGCGUACAUCACAUUAAUGAUGCUCAAGUCUACUGACAGCCUAUUCAAAUGUGCGUGUGCAAUGUCACCAGUGACAGACUGGAAACUCUAUGCAUCAGCGUUCUCUGAGAGAUACCUCGGCAUGCCAUUACGGGAUGACAGCAGAUAUCAGUUUUCCAGUGUGCUGCAGAAUGUUCAAGCACUUAAGGAGCAGACACUGAUGCUGGUGCACGGCACAGCAGAUGCCAACAUCCACUUUCAGCAUACUGCUGAGCUCGUCAAGAACCUUGUGAAAGUUGGAGCAAACUACUCAAUGCAGAUCUACCCAGAUGAGGGCCAUUUCCUGUCUCAGCAGAGUCGCCAGCACCUCUACGCAACACUGACCAGCUUCUACAGGGAGUGUCUGAAGGAGGAGUUACUACCGCUGCCUGAUGAUGAAGAGGAGGAGGAGGAAUAGGCUGGAGGCUUUGAGGGUCAGACCUUUGGCAGAGCUUAAAGAAUUUUGCUAAAAUCCGUCAAGGCCUUUCACGUUUGGACCAAGUGUUUAGCCGGACAUGGACACUGGGUUAGAGCUGCUAAUGCUCUGUGUGUGUGUGUGUGUGUGUGUGUGUGUGUGUGCGUGUGUGUGUGCGUGCGUGCGUGCGUGCGUGUACUUGUGCGUGUGCGUGUGUGUGGAUGUAAGUGUGUGGGUGUGUGUGUGUGUGCAUGCGUGUGUGUGUGUGCGUGUGAGAGAGCACUCCAGUAUACUGGAGUAUGUAUGCCGGUGUAUAAAUGUGUUGAAAUGAUAACUGAAGGACAGGACAGUGACGCUUGCAUUGCCAGGACUUGAGGCGGGAACUGCCCUCUAGCAUAAAGUCAUAUCAGUUUCGGGACGCUCCGUUUCUUGGCAAAGCGCACGGAAGACCGCCUCCAUCUUUUGCAGGCUCUCUGGGCUGCAGUCAUCCACAAGUGCAUGGUUCUUUUUUCCCUCGCGGCUUCACUCAUUCUGCCAUGUUAGUCUCCUUUGUGGUAGCACUUGGGAAGAAAAGAACACAGAUGUACACUUUUGAUCUCACUCCUUUGGUUGUUGUAUUGUUGCACAAGGAAAUGCUCCAGUCGUCUGCAAAAAUGUUUAGUCACGCAACUUCACUACAACAGAGCCGAUCCUGAAUAAGUGCUACUUCCUGCAGAAACCCUCCGCCAUCGCCCACCCUAAAUGAAAACAGUCUUUAUAGGUCACACUUUAUUGUACAGGGGUCUUGUGUAGACAUGUACAAUGCCUUAUGAGGUUCAACAUACUGUAAUAUUACUUGCUGGCAAUUGUAGUCAUUCAUUAGCAGUGUCAUGUUAACCUAUGUCAACUCAGGUCCUCGAGACACAGCGUUGCAGUCAGUUUAGUAUCAGUUACAACACCAUGUCAGCUGUAUGGUCAUGGUUAAGAGUUCUAUAUGAAGACAAUGGAUAUUGGCCAUACGGUAAUUUCAGUUUCAGGCCACACUGCAACUUCUCCAUCUUAAUAUGUCAUUUAAUCUUGUUUUCUUAAAAUCUCUGAAAAGGUGUGAGAUGAUUUUUCAGUGUGGCUCCACCUCAUCCAAGAGUUUUCUUGAAGUCAAGAGACAAUUCCCCCAAUUUCUGGACAUUCUCUUAUUUCAAGAAAAGAAUACUUAACUGCAGUGGAUAUUAAUGAAAAUGGGUGUACUAAGAUGGACAAUUUUACAGUGUCAGUAAGGUGUUUGCAUGUCUACAGGGAAUGUGUCAAGUGUUGUCACAUUUUGUACAGUACAAUACAGCAGAGUGUGUACAUAAAUAUAUUUUUGAGAUGUCAGAUCUCAUAGAUAGUUUAGUCUAUGGGGAUGGAUUGAUUUGACCUGGAUGUCUUGUACAUUUUUUUUCAGUUUUCCUUUCAGCUGUUGAUUUUCUUCCUAGGAUGGAUUUUGUAAUGCUUGUUCUUGUUCUUUUUUGCUGUUUUAAAAGGGAAAGGGCAGGGUUGAGGUUUUGGGGUUAUUGUGAUUGUCCUCUAGUGAUGAUUAUAAAUAAAAAAAGACUAUGAAAAACAAUGUGUUAUGCUGAUAAAUAGAGCACACAUUAGAGCAGAACCAAAUCAGCUACCUUUAUUGCAGUAUUGAUUGUUUGAGAUUUCAAUUUAAUGUUUCAUUUGUUUUCUUUACCUUGGGACUCACAUUAAAGAGUAGCUGUAGUCUGUCAUGGCUUUAGGGCACCUACAUUAUUGACUCAGCUGGAAAGUUCUGUCUGUUUAGAGUGCUCAUCACUGUCUCAACACUGCAUGUCUGCGUGCAUUAAUCAGUGCCUGCACUCACUGGCCUCCGUGGCCAAGCAGAUGUUAACUCUGCUGAGGGACAGAAACUCUUAAAUCUGCAGGAUCUGAAGUCAUCAGCGCAGUUGAGCCUCUUUUCCACACUUAUAUUAUGAAGCUCAGCGUAAGUUCAAUCAGGAAGACUUUCUUUGUGCUCAUUCAUUCACAACUCUCUCCAUCCCACUCCCACUGUUUCCUCUAAUCAGCUGACUAUGGGUGUUUACUCUUCUAGUUAUCCAAUCAAACUUUGCCACGAUCUCUCUCAGCCAAUCAGAAUUCCACUGAAAAAUGUCAUUUUAGGCAGAAUCACUCACCUUACCUUUUUCUUUCAGUCUCUUGUUGACUGUAACAAGCCGAUGCGCGAUUCCUCAGCAGGAGCAGAAUCAUCUCUCACUCAUCACAUCCUCCCAUUCAGGAAAUAUUGCUGUUAUAAGUCAGUAUUGUCAACGCGCAACUCCAUUCUCCGUUUGCAUCUUCAGUCUCGAUCUCAGUGACGUACAGAUUCAAGAUAUGGGCCCAAACUACACGUAAUAUGAGCUGUUUCUUUGGGACACUUUGCAUACUUACACCCAGAUUGCCAUGUGCAGUCCCCGGCUGCUCUGGCCAAGCUUUCCACGCACGCCUUGCUUUAGUCCCUGGAUAUGCCUUAGCCUCUGCAUCGUCAGCGUCCUCAUCACCGCAGGCCUCCACAUGCAGCUGGCCUCCACUCCACAGCCGGUGGUUCAAGCUAUCCGGUCAUCAGCCGCCUUUACUUUUUAUGUUAAGUGUGUCUCAUAUGAUCUGCCUUCUAAUCCAUUCAGUGCUGCAGACAAACAUUUUCACUGCACCAUUACUGUUAAGUGAUUUAUUUAAUUCUCCGAUCACCCCUCAUUUCAAUUGGAAAACAAUUACCAUAGUAC